UCGGAGAUCCCAUCACCAGUUCUAAUACCGAACCAAAUCUCGCGAGAACGGACGAGGGGAUAAGUUAAGGAAACAUGGCGAUGUCUAAUUUGUUAAAGAACAAGGGUUCCCUCCAGUUUGAGGACAAGUGGGAUCUAAUGCGCCCCAUUGUCCUCAAGUUGCUUCGCCAAGAGUCCGUAACAAAGCAGCAGUGGUUUGAUCUUUUCUCAGAUGUUCAUGCAGUUUGUCUAUGGGAUGACAAGGGACCCGCAAAGAUCCACCAGGCCCUCAAGGAGGACAUCUUAGAUUUUAUUAAACAAGCCCAAGCGCGAGUGCUCAGUCACCAAGAUGACACGGCGCUCCUCAAGGCUUACAUCGUGGAGUGGAGGAAGUUCUUCACACAGUGUGACAUCCUGCCCAAGCCGUUCUGCCAGCUGGAGAUCACCCUGAUGGGCAAACAGGGCAGCAACAAGAAGUCCAAUGUGGAGGACAGCAUCGUCAGGAAGUUGAUGCUGGAUACUUGGAAUGAAUCUAUAUUCUCCAACAUCAAGAAUAGAUUGCAGGAUAGCGCGAUGAAGUUAGUCCACGCUGAACGGCUGGGAGAAGCGUUCGACUCGCAGCUGGUCAUCGGAGUCAGAGAGUCUUACGUGAACCUGUGCUCCAAUCCCGAUGAUAAGCUGCAGAUAUACAGGGAUAACUUUGAAAAAGCCUACUUAGACUCCACUGAGAGGUUCUACAGGACCCAGGCGCCUUCUUACCUGCAGCAGAAUGGAGUACAAAACUACAUGAAAUAUGCAGACGCUAAAUUAAGAGAAGAGGAAAAACGUGCACUACGGUAUUUAGAGACGAGACGUGAAUGUAACUCUGUACAAGCACUUAUGGAAUGUUGUGUGAAUGCACUGGUAACGUCCUUUAAAGAAACUAUCUUGGCUGAAUGUCCAGGCAUGAUCAAACGAAAUGAGACUGACAAGCUGCACCUUAUGUUCUCUCUCAUGGAUAAAGUGCCCAAUGGGAUUGAACCCAUGCUGAAAGACCUGGAGGAGCACAUCAUCAGUGCUGGACUGGCAGACAUGGUGGCCGCUGCCGAGACCAUUACAACUGACUCUGAGAAAUACGUGGAGCAGCUCCUGACUCUAUUCAAUCGAUUUAGUAAAUUAGUGAAGGAAGCAUUCCAGGAUGAUCCUCGGUUCCUUACAGCCAGAGACAAAGCAUACAAAGCAGUUGUGAAUGAUGCCACAAUAUUUAAGUUGGAGCUGCCAAUGAAACAGAAGGGAGUGGGCCUUAAAACACAGCCAGAAUCAAAAUGUCCAGAGCUGCUCGCAAAUUAUUGUGACAUGCUGCUAAGAAAAACGCCACUCAGCAAAAAGCUAACCUCGGAGGAGAUCGAGCUCAAACUGAAGGAAGUGCUACUUGUGCUAAAAUACGUCCAGAAUAAGGAUGUGUUCAUGAGGUACCACAAAGCCCAUCUGACCAGACGUCUGAUCCUGGACAUCUCAGCGGACAGUGAGAUAGAGGAGAACAUGGUUGAGUGGCUCAGGGAAGUUGGGAUGCCUGCUGACUAUGUGAACAAGCUAGCUAGAAUGUUCCAGGACAUCAAAGUGUCCGAAGAUCUUAACCAGGUUUUCAAGGAAAUGCACAAACACAACAAGCUAGCUUUACCAGCGGACUCUGUGAACAUAAAGAUCUUGAAUGCUGGAGCGUGGUCACGCAGCUCAGAGAAAGUGUUUGUAUCUCUGCCCACCGAGCUGGAAGACCUCAUUCCAGAGGUGGAGGACUUCUACAAGAAGAACCACAGCGGCCGCAAACUCCACUGGCACCACCUCAUGUCCAAUGGCAUUAUCACUUUUAAGAAUGAAGUAGGGCAGUACGACCUGGAGGUCACCACCUUUCAGCUGGCUGUACUUUUUGCCUGGAACCAAAGACCACGAGAGAAGAUCAGCUUUGAGAAUCUGAAACUUGCCACUGAGCUGCCUGACGCUGAACUGAGACGUACUCUCUGGUCCCUCGUUGCCUUCCCAAAGCUCAAACGCCAAGUGCUGUUAUAUGAACCUCAAGUGAGCUCUCCCAAAGACUUCACAGACAGUACAUUGUUUUUCGUUAACCAGGAAUUCUCCUUGAUAAAAAACGCCAAGGUUCAAAAGAGGGGAAAAAUAAACCUAAUUGGUCGAUUACAGCUGACGACGGAGCGAAUGAGAGAAGAGGAGAACGAAGGCAUCGUCCAGCUUAGAAUAUUAAGAACACAGGAGGCCAUCAUUCAGAUAAUGAAGAUGCGUAAGAAGAUAACAAACGCUCAGCUGCAGACCGAGCUGGUGGAGAUCCUGAAGAACAUGUUCCUCCCUCAGAAGAAAAUGAUCAAGGAACAGAUCGAGUGGCUCAUUGAGCACAAGUACAUCAAGAGAGACGAGACGGACAUUAACACCUUCAUCUACAUGGCGUAACGUGGAAGCGACUCCGGAGAUGAUCCGUGACCGUUCUUGGAGGACGGCGUACCCGUCGAGGAUCAGCAGCGGGGGAGGGAUGGUGAUGUCUCGAAGAUACUGCUUAGGCUGCUGGUCUGGCGGCGUAGUCAUGAGCUUGUUUUAACGACAGACAGUCACACAUCAGUAAAAAAAAAAUGUAUUUAAAAAAAAUAAUAAAUCCCUGCCUUACCUUACAGUGAAGACACAUGGGAUGAGGAUAGGAGAUUAAAAAAAUAGGAAAAAAGACAAAAAGGAUUCUAUUUUUGCCAUUGGUAGUCAGUAUGCAUGGUGGGGCGGUUUGCCUUUUGUAUGUGUACAUCUCCAGCAGCAUGCGGUCAGUGGGAUUGCCACAUUCAUCCCAGGACUUGUUUGUGUGUGCCGUGUUACGAGUGUUUUUUUCCCCUUCCUACAUCCUCCAUAUGGACCUCACCGCGGCCCAUCCUCAGCACGCAACCCAGGGCAAGAGCCGUCCCACCGUCACAAACACCUGGCCUUGCACGACGACACCGGAGUUUCUGAGGAGCCAGGGAGGACUAGCAUUAGCACUUUUCACACUUUCCACCACAAUGUGUCAGCAUGGCUUUAAUUGGGUUGGUUUUCACGUCUUCCUGUUUCGUUUAAGACUUUUUUUCGCAAAUGAAAGAUUUGACCGGCUGAUAGCAGUUUAGACAACAUAUUAGACAUUCAGAUGUCACGAAGGGUCAAGGUCUGUGGAGAAAAUCUAUCGGUUUGCGAUGGUUUUCUUUUUGUGUACAUGCAUUAAUUGCUGCGCACCAAGUCGGAAGGUCAGUGUAACAGUUGCAGUUUUUUUUCUUUCCUAUUUACUACACUUUUUUUCUGUUAUUGGUCUAUAAAUAGCGACCGAGUAGUUGAUGAGGUGGCCCAACUGUGGUCCUGUAACAUGUAGCCUACUCAUCGAACCUGUUGAAUUUUAUCCACAACCCCGGUUUAUUGUCAUCGCCCAAUCACGGCUGAGCGUAAACAAGCGGUAAAGCACAGUUACAGGAGUCCAAGUAAAGCAAGCACUGCUCCGACCUCAGGUAAAGUAGGGCAGAGUUAAAAGUAGGUUGUGCUAACUUUAAUUAGCACCUCGCGGUUCUCGUUAAUCACACAUUGCCAAAGCAAAGCACAAAAGAGUGCUGAUCUCAAAAUCAAACAGUGUAGGAUCUAUUACAGUUAUUGUUUUCCCUUUAUUUCCGACGUCGUAGCCACAUUUAGUGGAAAACAGGAAGUUUGGGCUUUUUUUUGACUCAUUGUUACCCUAUUAUGACUGAGUAUCUACGAACAAAAGCUUGUGCAAUCACUGAUCAGCUGUUUAUCAUAAUCAAACGAACUGUUAGCAUUUAAAUAAGUACAAAAUAAGUAUUAUCUCAUUUUCAAGGCAGAUUUCCUGUAGCGAUAGUGUCUGGACGGUCUUAAGAUGUAGGUUUGGAGUGACGGUUGAAUCAAACCCCAGUCUGUUUACUAUAUAUCAGCCUGCCAGUGUGCCCUCAAUAAAAAUUAACAACAAAAAUAUCAUUUUUUUUUUCUUACUGGCUGAUAAUAUCUAGGUUUGAUUGUACAUUCAUAUCCAAACCCGAAACACUCAAUCCAAUAAUAAGAACACGAUGACGUCCCAAUGAAAUAAUCAUGGAAAUUUCUGUAACGUUUCUGCAGUUCAGCUGUCCAUCUCCACUAUACACCCUUUUCUGUCAAUUCUGUUUGUUUUUGUCUGUUUCAAUGCGAGGCAGUCACUCAUUUGUACCCCCAGUGUUUGAUUUCACAUAAUAACGCAAAGGCUCCCUUCAACUGUACUGAAAAGCAGUUCUUUAUAAGAUCCAGAUGUACAACAGUGUUUGAGAACAUUGUGUUAUUUGAUUGUCCACUUUAUUUAUUGAUAACUUAAGCCUGUUUGAGAGGACGAGUGUGUGUGUGUGUGUGUGUGUGUGUGUGUGUGUGUGUGUGUGUGUGUGUGUGUGUGUGUGUGUGUGUGUGUGUGUGUGUGUGUGUGUGUGUUUGUGUGUGCGUUUACGCUUAGGAGCCUUUUACAACAGGGUGCUGUCAUAUCCUGUUACUGUUAUGCAUUUUCAUUUUUGGAAUUUAAAAUCGAUGUUUCUGCUGACUGGAUGUUUUCCUCUUAUCAAUUUCUCUAGGUAAAUACGCAUAAUUUUAAUAGGACAAGCACUAUGGUUUUCAUAUUUAUCAAUCACUGUUGGAGUUUGUUGUGUGCUUGUGUUGUUCUGAAGCCAACCUGAAUGACAUCAAAUGAAAUGCAGCCCCAAAAGCUGAAAUUUCAGUUCACUGUAGUGCAAGAUGAUGAAACUGAAUAAAAGUGGCGUGAAUGACCCUGCGAUGGAAUGCUACAUGAAAUGACGAAUUAUACUUUAUUGUUUGCAAAUUUAUACAUUUUCUCCGAUGCACAUGGUAUGUUCCAGUAAUAAAGUCUGUGUGCACAUCAUUCAGUGGUAUAAUGCAAUAAGUGAGCGUGAAACAAAACAAUUUUGAAACCUGUUGAUGGAAUUUUCUCUAAUAAAGUUGCGUAUACAUAUAAA